GGCUGCGCCACGCAACGGAGGUGACUCAUCGGCGGCUGCCGCUGCUGUCGCAAGCCGACUCAGCUCGGCCAGAGCGCUGCCUGUCGACGUGCCGUGCGGAUCGCGCUCAUGUGCCCCGGAUUGAUCUCGUCUUUUCUCGAGCCCCUCGAUCCGUCUUCGCCGUCGUCGAAGGAUUCGCGAGGAGUCCGACACCUCCUGCACUGACCGACUGUCAACACUUUCAACAGACAUGUCGUGCGGAGCUUCGCUGGCACUGGACUCCCGGCCGCGACUGCAGCUGCAGCUGCCGUCGUCCCCGGCCGGCGUCGGCCAGUCGUCGUCGGCGGCGCCGGCGCCGCGUCGCCGUCGCCUGUCGUGCGGCGCCGUGCGGCUCGUUACGCCGGGCGAGCUGGUCGACUCGUGGCAGCGGCGGCGGCGGCUGCUGCUCGUCGACUGCCGGCCCUUCCUGAGCUUCAACGCCGGCCGCAUCCGGUCGGCGGUGAACGUGAACUGCGGCGACCGCAUCACGCGGCGCCGGCUGCAGCAGGGGCGGCUCGCCCUGUGGGACCUGGUGGGCUGCCGGCAGGCGCGCGACGAGCUGCGCCAGGCGCGCGACAUCGUCGUCUACGACGACUGCACGGGCGACCUGGAGUCGCCGCAGCCCAGCUCGUCGCUGGCGCUCGUGCUGGCGGUGCUGUGCCAGAACGGAGCCUCGCCCGCCGUGCUCAAGGGUGGUUUCCGCGAGUUCCAGCGGCAGUUCGCCGACGAGUGCACGAGCAGCGCCGCACCGACGCCGCCGCCGCAGUGUCCGGACUCGGCCGAGGCCCGGGACGUGUCCCAGUGGCCGACCACGUGCGUGCUCCCUUUCCUGUUGCUGGGCAACGAGCGCGACGCCAGGGACGCCGAGCUGCUGGAAAGGCUCGGCGUCGGGCACGUGCUUCACGUGACGCCGGCCCUCCAGCAACCAACGAGCGCGGACGGCACGGCGGCGGCAGGUCAGCAUGCGGAUCACUGCCCGGGACUGCGGUGCAAGCGCCUGCCGGCCUCGGACAGCUGCCAUCAGAACCUGAAGCAGUUCUUCGACGACGCCUUCCAGUUCCUAGACGAGGCGCAUGCAAGUGGGAGCAGAGUGCUGGUGCACUGCCAUGCGGGCGUAUCUCGGUCACCAACAAUCACAGUGGCCUACCUAAUGCACCACCUGCGGCUGCCGCUGGUGGACGCGUACCGCUACCUCAAGGCAAAGCGGCCCAUCAUCUCGCCCAACCUCAACUUCAUGGGGCAGCUGGUGGAGCUGGAGCAGAAGCUCGCUCAGAACGACCACCAGCAGCCAUGCGUGCAAUGCUGCCGCGCUUCGGCCACGCUGCUCGAGCUGCUCGCCACCGAACCGUCUUCCUCGGCGGGUGUCUGAGAGCGCACCCCACACCCUCCAUAGGGACCAACCCGGUGCCUUCGAUGUGUCCCCAUCAGCGUUUGAGCAUGCCUUCAUUCGUGCGGCUUUAGUCAUCAAGUCAGAAGCCAUACUGCGUUUGUGCCCAAGGCCUCCCUUUGGUUGUGAUAUAUGUUACUGAUGCCCACUGCAACGAAGGUACACCCCUGCUCAGUCAGAAUAGCUACACUGCCGAAAACAGACCAAGGAUGGCAAAGCCUAUGCAAAGGACUGUGGACCUUAACAGGCAGCAAAAGUGCUGUGACCUUCUAGUCUGCCCUCGCACUUGGGCCUGCUGCUAUAAGUGCCAGGAAGGACAUAGCGUGAAAUAUUUUUUUUGUGUGCCGUCGUACCCGUGUGAAAUCUUGCUCAGUCAGACUUCUCGAAUGUCUAACUUAAAUAUUUUGGCAGCGAAACUACCAAGACCUGAGGGCUACAAUAAACGUCAUUCUCUGUA